AUGUAUACAGAGAUAUUCAUCAAGCUUGACUUACAGUCUCUCUCACCACCAACAUCGGCUGCCGCCACCAACCUCCACCACCCACCACCUCACCACUAUCGGCCACCACCCAAUAUCACUGCUUCACCCACCACCCGACAUCAUCACCAUAAGCCACCGCCUCAACACCACUAUAUCUCCACAAUCAGUUACCGCCUCACCCACCACCCAACAUCAUCACCGCAAGCCACCGCCUCACCAAUACCCGACAUCACCACCAUCAACCGCCACCACGCCUUCCAUCUGUCACCGCCUCUCCAACAGCCACCAUACAUCACCGAUGUUUUUCUCCCGAUCUAUUUUUCCAGAUCUGGUUAUCAAACGCCGCAUCUUCACCAGCAACCACCACCACCCACCACCAACCACCAAAUCCCAACAACCAUCAACACCAACAAUCACCAACAUUAUCAGGCACUAUAA